GUAACAUAUCCAUGGUAUUGAUCCAUAGUUAUGAACGGCAUAGAACAGAUGGAAGUUGAUGAAUUAAAAUGUUGUUUUUUAUCGUUUUUAAGGGAUGUUUUAACAAGAAAAUUAUACGUGUGUUAAAAAGGUUGCAGAUUUCUACUUUCAAAACUCAUUGGAUGGAUUUUAAAGAAGUUGUUGGAAGGCUGAUGAAAUAUUUAUUCCUUUAUAAAAUACUUACGAACACCUUAAGUGUUCAGCAGUUUGUGGAUAAGAAUGGAGUACCAUGACAUGAUCAAUGAACGCGUCUUUUAAGUAUUACAAACUCAAAAUUUACAUUUAUGCUUUGUACAUUACCAUCAGAGCAAGAGCUUGUGGGUUUUUUUUUUCUUUCUUGUUAACGUUAUAGGUUUAUUAAAAGACGCUAAAAUUUUAAAGUCCCGUCAACAUCGAUUUUUUAAAAAAUCAGAGUAGGAUAUACAUUUCAGAGGCAAAAGACGAAUUCCAUUAGUGAAAAAAGCAAAAACUUAUAAAUGCGCUAUAUGUGGAAGUAUUUGAAAUUAAUACAUUGGAAAAUAACUAUGUGUAUAACCGCAAGGAUAUAUGUGUACUAUGUAUGAGAAUAUAUAAGUUAAUGUAUAUAUGUGUAAUAUACAUGUAUGUUAACUCAUCUGACACUUUAUAUACUCGAAAUUAGCGAAAUGGACCAAUGUUUCAAUUUCCGUGUUUGUUGUUGUAAACCGUUGGUUGUACGAACAAUAAUUAUUAUAUUCGUGUAAUAUUUUCAUGAUAAAAUUGUUGCUGUAAAUAUUGGAUAACGUGGAAAGGAAGAAUAUGUGUUAAACUAAGUGCAUUCGACAGAUGUUUCGUAGUUUCCUGUUAAUUCUGGCGACUCGGGAUGGUAAAGAGUACUUAUUUGACAUGCGCUCGCAGGCUUUGUCUUAUUUUAGUGAUUAUAACAAUAUUCCUUAUUACAUUCGUCAACAUUCAGUUUAACAUGAAAGGAUACUGGCUGGUUCCCGCGCACGUAUCGUCAACUUUUGAAAGCGUCAAGAGGCUGAUGCGAAAUAGAGUUUCAGAUCAGACGGUAAAGCAAAACCAAAACCGAACUCUUAUCAAUGUGUUCGAAGGUGUACGAAAUAAGGAUAUAGGAGUACGAAAUAAGGAUAAAGGAGUUCGAAAUAAGGAUAAAGGAGGACAAAAUAAGGACAAGACAACAAAUAUAACUGGACUUAUUCCCAAUGAGAAUGCCAUGCGGCAUAUCUUAUGGUACAACAAACCGGUCUGGAUACAUCUUGGGUUUGCAAAUCGAGUUUUGGCCUCCGAAUGUGUUUAUAAUAACUGCAGAAUGUCGGACAGCAAAACUGAUCUUCAAAAAUAUGCAGCUAUAGUGUUUACGUUUACACAAGAAUUAGACUUCACGCCACCAGUUUCAAAAGGCGAAAGGAACAUUGAUCAAGUAUGGAUAUUUUUUGGUUUAGAAUCACCUGUCUAUCAUAAAAGAAUUGCUUACAGACACAACAGUUGGAUGAACACAAUGAAUUGGUCAAUGUCAUACCGAUUGGACGCAGAUAUAUUUUUUCCUUACGGAAUGUUGGAGAGGAAGAAAGAAAUUCAACAGCGUAAUUUCAGUGCAAUAUUCCAACGUAAAACAAAACAAGCUGUUUGGUUAGUUAGUAACUGUGGAGCAGUAAGUAAGAGGGAUGAUUUUGUGUCAGAGCUGCAGCGCAGUGGAGUAGAAGUUGACAUAUUUGGUGUAUGUACAGAUAAUUUAUUUCAUGAUAAAAAUGAUAUGCUCUCAAGAAUUAACAAGGAUUAUAAGUUCUAUUUCAGCUUUGAAAACAGCUUAUGUCAAGAUUAUGUGACAGAGAAGUUUUUCAGAUAUUAUAAUUUAGAUGUUGUAUUAGUGGUUCGUGGAGGAGUGGAUUAUGACCACGCCCUUCCAAAUGAAACUUUUAUAAACGCCGCCCAUUUUGAAUCGGCAAAAGCCUUGGCCAGAUUUUUGUUUAAAGUUGGCUCCUCGGAAAAGCUUUAUACCAACUUCAUUCGAAAUAAAGACAGAUAUGUUGCCUCUGAAAUGUUUACGAUGCCAUCCAGUUACUGUAGUAUUUGCGAGAAACUUAAUAAUCUAAAUGAUUAUAGAAAGUCUUAUGAUGAUCACGUGACCUAUAUACACGAGAACACGUGCUGGGAGGCUUCUGACGUUCCGUUCAGACUGACCGGGUUAAUGUCUGAUUUAAUGAUUGCAAUAUUAUUUUUACUAUUUAUUAUAAUGUGUUAUUUUGUUGUAAGAAAGCACUUGAGCAGUUGUAACAGCGGAUGUGGCACCACACGAACUUUAUUGCUCAAAAUAUGCUUAGGAAAGAAAUGAAAAUAAUGUAAGAGAUUGUUUUUGUUGUGAUCUUAAUUUAUAAACUUGAAUAAUUUGACUAACUUGGUAUGGUGCAGGUCUGUGUAAAGGAAAAAAGAAGCCCUGCCAUGGGGUCCGUGAAACUCUUGUGCUAGCUGGUAAUAAUUAUCGACAAUAUGCAACGGCCGACUUACGAAACAUUAUGAACGAGAAUGAACCUACAUCGGGAAAUAAUUCAUUCACAAUAUAGGCAUCUCUGAUUUAACCGAUUAUUUGUUUGGUGUAUUUUGUUGAAUAAGAUACAAAAAAUAUUGUUGACCGGGACCAAGUAACUGUCAGCUCAGUUAUGCGAUCUAAGGGGAACUGUCGGGUCAGUUAUGCGAUCUAAGGGAAUUGUCCGGUCACAUGCCAUGUAUAUACUACCACUUUAGAUUCCCUACAGUUUGUUAACUCAGCGCCGGGUUAUAGUGAUGAGUACAGCCAGUCUCUCUACCCCUCUGAUCCGUGACACUCCGUGCAAAGCAUAGUUGUAAAUACAUGUACACUACUGACUGGUGCACAAAUUAAACCAAGUAGAGCUAAUGCGGCUUAAUAUAUUAUGUUAUAAUUAAGUUAUUAAGCAUAUAUCUAUUUCAAAAAUUUUACAAAAACAUUUGAUAAUUUUAGGUUUUUAUUUAUUUAUAUUUAAAUAACUCCUUUACAUCUUUAAAUGAUGUUUCAGCAAAUAACCUUUUAUUUACACUACAGUAAGUUUUUUGAUUUUUAUGCCCCCGAAGGUGGGCGUAUUAAAAUCGCACUGUCCAUCCGUCCGUCCGACCGUAACUUUGUAAAUUCUUGUCCGAGUUGUAACUCUGCCAUCCAUGAAGGGAUUUUGAAAUAGAUUGGCAAAAGUAUUUACCUUAAUGAGACGAUGUUUCACGCGUAAUACCCAGACCCCUAGCUACAAGGUCAAGGUCACACUUAGAAGUCAAACGUUAAUAGAGUCUGUUUCGUCUCCGGUUUGUAACUUUGCCAUUCAUCAAGAGAUUUUGAAAUUACUUAGCAUAAAUGUUUAUCAUAAUGAGUCGACGUGUUAUGGGCAAGACCCAGACCUCUAGCUCCAAGGUCAAGGUCACACUUAGAGUUCAAAUGUUGACAGGGUCUGUUUUUGUGUCCGUUCCAUAACUGCCAUCCAUGAAGGGAUUUUAAAAUAUAUUUACAUAAAUGGUAACUAUAAUCAGACAAUGUGUCAAGUGCAAGAUCCUUAGCUCCAAGGGCAAGGUCAUACACUUUUAGAAGGUUUAUAGGAUCUUUUUCGUGUCCGGUAUCUACCUCUGUCAUCUAUGAAGGGAUUUUGAAACAACUUAGAAUUAAUGUUAGCAUAAUGAGACAAUGUGUUACGCGCAAGACCCAGACCACUAGUUCCAAGAUCAAAUUAACUCUUAGAAGUUAAGCCAGAGGUUAAUAGGGUCUGUUUCAUUUCCGGUUCGUAACACUGCCAUUCAUCAAGGGACUUCGAAAAUACUUGGCAUAAAUAUUCCCCAUAACGUGAAAACGUGUCAUGCAUAACAACCAGAUCCCUCGCUCUAAGGUCAAGGUCACAUUUAGAGGUUAACGGUUAACAUGGUCUGUUUCUUGUCGGAGAUUUUAAAAUUAAUUGGAAUAAACGUUCCCUAUAUUGAGAUGAAGUGUCAGACACAAGACCAAGAACCCUAGCUUCAACAUCAAGGUCACACUUAGAAGUCAAAGGUUAACAUUGUAUGUUUCUUGUCCGGUCUAUAAAUCUGCCAUUCAUCAAAGGAGCUUAAAAUUACAUGUCACAAUUCUUCCCUAUAAUGAGUUGAUGUGUCAUGCUCAGGAUCUAAGGGGAGCCUUCAGGUCAGCCAUUCGAUCUUAGAGAAACUGAAGGGUAAGUCAUGCAAUCUAUGGGGAGCUGCCAGGUCAGCCAUUCGAUCUAAGGGGAACUGAAGAGUCAGUCAUGCGAUCUAUGGGGAGCUGUCAGGUCAGCCAUGCGAUCUGAGGGAAACUGAAGGGUCAGCUAUGCGAUCUACGGGAAACUGUCAGGUCAGCCAUUCGAUCUAAGGGGAACUGAAGAGUCAGUCAUGCGAUCUAUGGGGAGCUGUCAGGUCAGCCGUGCGAUCUAAGGGAAACUGAAGGGUCAGUCGUGCGAUCUAAAGGAAAAUAAUAAGUCAGUCGCGCGAUCUAAGGGGAACUGUCAGGUCAGACAUGCUUCGCCUUGGACAAUAUUGGUGUUCGUCCUAGCGAAACGGCUUCUUACGUCUGUAAGAGGACACUUUUGAAGAAAAACUCGUACUGUAUCUAUUACAUGUAAAGUAAGACCGGAGGUCAGUUACCUCUAAACUGGUCUAAACAUAAACCAGAGCGCCAAUAGUGGUUAUUAUUUUGUCUUGUUUCAUUUUUAGUUGCGGGUUUAUCCCGCUACCAAAGUUACAAGUGUAUUUCUGACAAUCAUAUAGCAUCUUUAUUUUAUCCCGAAUCACAUCCAAAGGAUGUUCAUGUGCUACACAAAAUAGCCCCAUUCAUGAACAAUGCGGAUGAAUUAUCAAUGAACAAGCAGUUCUUAUUCAACCUGUAUCCAUUCACACUGACCAUUUAGAUUAUAUAAGAUCUAUCAAUGAUAAGGUAAUCCAGCCCAUGGUUACAUCACAAGCUAGGUCAGGCAGAGUUCAUCUUAGAUAUGAGGCACAUUAAAUUUGUAUUUGUUUCUCAUUCAUGUAUAUUCAUAGACUGGCAUUUAAACAGAAAAUAAAUCUACCAAAAAUCCGCAACCAUCAGACAUUUCAAGGCGUUGAUUAAGUUAUAGUUGCUUAAAUAGAACUGUUAUCUUAUCUGUUAAACCUGCACAUUAUAUUUUCAUUGAAUAAGAAUAUAAUAUUGUGUUCUACAAACUACCCGAUGAGUGAGUCGUCUGCUAAUACAAUGUUGGCCAACCUCCAAGGGAAAUUCAGAUUCAGAUCUUAAACCUUUUUCUCAAAGUCACCUUAGCAAAAUAAAACAGAAAAUGUCUUUUUAAUAAAAUAUUGUAAAAAGUCACUAUGUACAAAUGUGCAAAUUAAUGGGUACCAGUGUUAAAAUAUCCAGAGAAAUCUCGUUUUUGCUUAUUUUUCUUUGAAACUACUAUGGACCAUUGCAGAUACUAUAGACUACAUAAAGACGCCUCUCCGGUCCUAUGCACCUGUCGCUUUCCACGCCAGAUGUAGUGAAAAUCGGCCAAAGCACCCAAAUU